UUCUCAGCACGCGAUCUCUCUCUCUUAGCCGCUCGCUGCAACUCGACGUUGGACGACUCUCGCGCGAUGACGGGACUGGGUAACCGUGCUUUCCCGAUCCUCUUCUGGUCGAUCGCAGCCGCCUGGACGGCCGCCGUACCCGUGUCCGUUUCCGUACCCGUUCCUGUGCAGGCUGGGACGAGCGGCGUACAACGGAACAUGUACGGGCCGACAGCCGCGGAGAUUCUCGCCGCGUAUCUCGAGGACCAAGGCAGGACGGAGGAGAAACCGGUCGACGGACCACCGUCGUCGGCACGAGACUCGGAUCGCGAUGGGAAUCGAAAUAUAAAUUGGUCGACCGGUAGACGUUCGCCGAACGCGUUCGUCUCCGAGCAGGUUCCGAGCACGAGACUCGAUCGGAAUCUCGAUCAGAUCGGCGGCGGUAAUCUGUUGAGGGGCCUGUCGGAGAGGGAGACGGCUCGCGAUCGUUCGUGGUGGUCGGCAGCGAGGAGGAAUCUCGAUCAGAUCGGCGGCGGCAACCUGUUGCGCUCCGCGGACGACCGGCUCUCCAGGAACCUGGACCAAAUCGGAGGUGGAAAUCUGGUGCGCGACACGAGCGGCGACUUCCGGCGGAACUUGGAUCAAAUCGGAGGAGGGAACCUGGUGCGCGACCUCGCCGGCGCCGUUCGCCGAUUCCAGGCGCGCGCCGGGGACGCCGGAUCGCGGGACGCGAUCGACGCGAUCGUCUGACCGGCGGGACGCGCGGCACUCGCGAGCGUGACGAUAGCGUCGCCUUUGUAUCGAAUCCA